CCGCCAAUUGAUUCAACGUUUUGGAAUUAAUUUAUAUACAUUCAUUAGCAUCAAAGUGAUCUGUAAAUCUAUCAUCAACAAUGUAUUCUUAUCAUCAGUCAAAGAAUUGUCUUGUGAGCGUUCAAAGCUUGAAGUGAAUUUUUGGCCCUGGGUUGAAAUACCGCACGAAAACAGUCAAUGAGCGCGAGUGACUGGUGUAGAACUUGCUUUUUGCAACCGACCAUGACCAACAGUAAUGCCGUUUCCAAGCAUGCUGUUUGGAAAACUACUGUUGCCAUCAGUGAUUGGCAUUACGCCAAGUUCAUAGUAGCGUCAAAUGACAAGUUGACAGUCGCAAUCGAAGAACUGUCUGUUAGAAUGCAGUUGGCAAAGGCGUUAGAGGCUGGAUUUGGCAUCGUUGGGGCUUCUGCUCAUAUAGACAUCCUUCAAUGGGAUGAAGAAGCACACACUGGCAUAUUACGCAUCAGUCAUGAUCAGUUCACAACGCUCGUGAACGCAGUCAGCAUGGCGACAUUUAAGGUGGAUGGUAAAUUAUGUACCUUCCGUAUCAUCGACAACUCAGCACAUCUAUUAUCUUUGGCGAGUAACAGUCGUGAUUACAUGUUCUAAAUCCAAUGCUCUAAGAGAACUUCCUGCAUACUGCACUCUUCUGGGCGGCCGUUAUAUGCAACAGCAGUGACAGGUACACUUACCUACCAAUUCACCCCCUUGUUCAACUUCUUGGGCAUAUCCUGUACAGUAGACUGGAUGUUUGUGAAGCUACUUUAUUCUAUGUCUAACAACUAUAUUACAUCAAUGAAAGAAAUGGCUAUUUUGAGGCCAUACGAUAUUUAAACUUUUUGGUCCUUUUGUUUGGCAUCGAAGAAGCCAGCUGGAGGCUCCUCC